AUGACGCAACUCAUAGAUGGGGUGUCGACAACUCGGAGCAAGGUACAUAAUGUCUACCGUGGAACAAUCUUUCAGGCCGUUUUGUUGGGUCUUAUCAGCUUCACGCAACCUGGAAUAUGGGCAGCAAUGAACAACCUCGGAGCCGGUGGCCAAGCCGAGCCAUAUGUUGUAAAUGCUGUUAAUGUCAUCACUUUUGUCAUCAUGGUGAUCUUUUCUCCCUUGGCCAGUAUUGUCGGCAACUUGAUAGGCAUGAAAUGGAUUGUCGUUUUCGGAACCCUGGGCUACGUUCCUUACUCUGCGGCUCUCUACUGCAACUCUCUCUGGGGCACGCAAUGGUUCCUUAUAUUUGGUGCUAUUACUUGUGGAUUCUCUGCUGCCGCGCUGUGGCCUGGAGAGGCAGCGAUCGCAGUUGGCUAUCCGGAAGUUGCUCGCCGAGGCGUUUGCAUUAGCAUCUGGAUGGCUCUCGGUAAACUUGGCUCCAUAAUCGCUACUGCGAUCCAACUUGCUAUCAACAAAGACGGGAACUCAACCGGUGCCAUCGCGCCAUCAACCUACCUUGUUCUUGUCGCCAUUCAGUGUCUUGGUUUGCCCCUGUCUCUUCUAUUAGCACCUCCAAACAAACUGGUGCGCAAAGAUGGAAGGAAGCCGGCCUUCGCCAACUCGCAACGUUCCUUCAUGUCGCAAGCGAAAGGGUUUCUCGCACAGUUUCGGCGGAGGGAAGUAUUGCUCUUAAUCCCCGCCUUCAUCACUGCGCAGUGGGGCGUUACAUAUCAAGGUAACUACAUGGCUGCUUACUUCACGGUGCGCGCCCGUACGCUUUCCGGGUUCUUGAUUGCUGUCGCGCGGUGGAGCUGGUAUUUUCUCCUCGCUCUUUUCACGCUGGUUUGGAUCUGGAACAUCGUUGUCCAGAAGCGUUGGGCGCAUCACAGUCCCGGUGCGAUUGACUGGAGCAGCCCGAGUUUCGGGGAGGGGGUGGCUAUAUUCAUUUUAUACCGGAUUGCGUACGAAACCGUCGGUGUGUGGCUAUACUGGACGCUUGGUACCUUCGAUGUCGAAGCCGAUACUAUUGCCCUCUCUAUGGGUGUUCUUCGCUCUGGAGAAUCCCUUGGCUCCGCCUUAUCGUAUGCCGUCGGGUCGGUUCGUAGUGCAUCUCUGAUGACGAACCUGAUUGUGUCCGUUGUUGUCUUUUACAUCGCAGUUCCCGCCACCAUCUGGGCGGCUCAUCUUGUCAAAGACAGACUUCCAGGAGAGUUUAGUGGUUCUGAUAGCGAUGGUGAGGGCACCAGUCAGCAGCAGUCUUCACAACCUGAUGCUGAGCAGGUUGAAGUGGGCUACAGCUCUAAAACGUGA